AUGUCAACCAAACCCGGUGUCUCCUCUUCUGGAAUCACCACCAACACUGCAACGGGUGAGCGCCAUGUCCCCUCUUCCAUUCGAGCUGAUGGAUCUGUUCGUCGCGAGAUCCGCAUCCGACCCGGAUAUCGACCACCGGAGGACGUCGAACUCUACAAAAACAAAGCAACUGAAUCAUGGAAGAGUCGCAUUAAAGCCGGUGUUCCAGGCGCGGAAGGGCUGAAAGACGGCGAUUCUAAGCCAUCCACGGCAGCAAGCGCCAAAAACGCAAAGAGACGUGAAGCCAAGAAGAAAGCAAAGUCCACCAAUGAGGCAAUGAGCAACGGAGCUGAGGAUAACAAAGCCAACGGCGGAAUUAUGGCACAAGGAAACUGGCGUAACGGACCUCCCGGAGGCCAGGAGGCCGAGGCUUCUGUAGAUCCAGAAGUGGAGAGGGAAAAGAAAGCGCGGAAUUUGAAAAAGAAACUCAAGCAGGCUCGGGAACUUCGCGACAAAAAGGAUAACGGGGAGAAUUUACUUCCUGAACAAUUCGAGAAAGUUAUCCGGAUCAAAGAGUUGAUUCGUCAGUUGGACGCCUUGGGUUUUGAUUCGGAGGGGGAGAAGAAGGUAAAGGGACCUACCACUACGAAGGAGCAGGGAGAUGCAGUGUGAAGACCGCCAGACGUUCCAGGGCGAAUUUGCUUCCUGCGGCAAAGUGGUAACGACACAUGACACAUAUGAAUAAUGAUCCUACACCGGUAAGAUGAUUUGCGAGGGCCGUAUAGGGUAUGAACACAUAAGCAAGGAUUCGGUCGGUGGUUCGGGACUGUCAAUCCAGAAAUAUGAAGUGUACGGCCGAUUUAUGGGAGACACACUUGCUUAUUGAGUGAGACCGAAGCUGGCAAGUGGCCUGGCGUUUCCCAUGGAGUAUAAAAUGCCCUGUCAGUGAAUCCUAUGACGACAAACCUUGAUAUUGAAAGGGUCUAAAACACAACCACCUAUGAGUGGAGAUAGCUUGAUCACCUUGGAUCUAUGGUUCGAGAGAUUCUCAAUCCAUAACAUAUUCUUUUAUC